AUGCUACUAUAUGCUGACGAUUUGGUUUUACUUGCUAAUACGACAUUCGAUUUAAAGAGAAAGCUUACUGUACUUAGAGAUUACUGUUCUAGCAACUCCCUCUCUGUUAACUUAGAGAAAACUAAAUGUGUCCAUUUCAGAAGGGGUGGUCCGAGGGAAAGGACGAACCUCCUUUAUGGAGAUAACUCUGUGGACUGGUCGGAGGAAUAUGUGUACCUGGGUGUUCCCUUCACGGGCUCUUCGUUGGGCUUGACAGCAGCUAGGGUGGCGGCGCAGAGAGCUCGAACAGCCUCUGGAGCUGUUAUCUCUGCGCUGGCAAGUAUUCGCGCUGAGUCUUGGGAGGGCACACUCAGAAUAUAUGACAGUAUUGUAACCACCACCCUACUGUAUGCCUCUCAUAUUUGGGGUCUUCGCUACCUCAACAUUCUUGAACAAUCCCAGCUACAGUUCUUCAAGAGGCUUCUCCUCCUUCCCCUUGGUACACCCAGUGCAGAGCUCAAACACGAACUAGCUAUGUCAAAUGUUAAGGUCAGAGUACUGAGAGCAGCGCUUAAAUGGAUUUGUAAACUUCUGGAUAUGAGAGACCACCGUAUCCCCAAAAUUUGCUUCUACAGACUACUCCAGGUGUCAAAAAACCCCAGUUCCGAUCCGAAUUAUAACUGGGUCACUCAGCUCAGACUCAUUUUAGAUUCUUUUAUGCUCCUACUUCCAUUUGGAGUAACUUAA